AUGAGCUCGACCUCUCAGAUCCGCCAAAACUUCUCCUCCGAGGCCGAGGCCGCCGUCAACCGCCUGGCCAACCUCUACCUGCAGGCCUCCUACUCCUACCUGUUCCUGGGUUUCUAUUUCGACCGGGACGAUGUCGCUUUGCCGAGAGUGUCGCAUUUUUUCCGUGACCUGGCGAAGGACAAACGCGAGGGCGCCGAGCGCCUUAUGCGGCUCCAGAACCAACGUGGGGGCCGGGUCCUCCUCCAGGCUGUGCAGAAACCUGGUCAAGAUGAGUGGGGCUGCAGCUUGGAUGCCAUGGAGGCUGCCCUGAGCCUGGAGAAGGGCCUGAACCAGGCCCUCCUGAAGCUGCACGCCUUGGGCUCCAGCCAAGGGGAUCCACACCUCUGCGAUUUCCUGGAGAGCCACAACCUGGGCGAAGAGGUGAGACUGCUGAAGCUCCUGGGCGACCACCUGACCACCCUGUGCCACGUGCAAGCCGACCCACAGCCCGGACUGGGAGAAUACCUGUUCGAGCGGCUGAGCCUGAAGCACGACUAG